AUGGCACCAGCAAGCAACGACAAGACUUCAGUAAAACUGUGUCCCAACUGUACGGAAUCCAACAACACGGUUCCUAUAAACACUACUUGUGCAGCCCUGUGCGUGGUUAGUGUUGCACUCUACAUUGUUAUCAUGGUAGUUGCUGCAUUUGGUUGUAUCAUGAUAAUCUAUGCCUUUGCUUGGAAUAAAAAAAUCCGCAAGGUAGUCACGACGUAUUUUAUCGUUAGCUUGGCUGUCUCAGACCUCUUUACUGCGAUCGUUGUCAUGCCAUUUGAUGUGGAGCAAAUUCUGACAAAUUACGAGAUGUGGCGACAUGGUGCAUUCAUGUGUACUGUCUGGACAACUCUGUAUCUCCUAAUGAUUCCUACGUCUAUACUUAACCUACUUGUUCUGACAGUCGAUCGCUAUAAAGCACUUAGCGACCCUUUAAACCGGUUCAAGGAAUCCCCCUUCAUGACGAAGAGACGAGCGCUUGUGAUCAUCGCCUGUCUUUGGAUUUACUGCCUUCUCUUUGCGUUGGUUCCUCACAUGGGCUGGAAAGUCUACCCUGAUGUAAUCGUGCAUGGCCAGUGCGUCUUCAACAUUUCACCCAUAUAUGGCAUGCUCAGCUCGGUAUUCAACUUUUUUAUUCCUCUGGUUGUCAUGUGCGGGCUGUAUUUUAAAAUUUACCGCAUUGCUAACAGCUUACAUGCCAACCUGCCAGCUGGGCAACUGGCCUCGCCAUCCCGGUCUCCUCAUGACACAGGUGUUCAAGAUAGAAGAGGAGUAAAAUCCAGAUCUAAGAAGAUUAAAGAUCAGAAAAUGCUUUUGAAGAACACGCGUGCAGCCAAGACAGUGCUGCUGAUUGUCUUCACGUUUGUCCUAUGCUGGAUGCCUCAUACUAUCUAUAGCUUCAUCGUCAGCGGGGCUUGUGACUCAUGUUACCAUGCCGAGGAGGGCCCAAUCUUGGCUGCUGUCUUUUUGAUCAUGGGCUAUGCAAACAGUGCACUGAACCCAUUUUUAUUUGGAUAUCAUCACCGGCUCUUCAAAAAGACCUUCAAAAUUAUAAUUAACAAGGUGUCAGUCAAAUUUAAGUGUCACCGAAUCCCUCCUCCAAGACACUUGCCCGUGCGAUCACCGUACAGGAUUACGAACAGUGGGUCUGUACAAAUGUAUAAUCCAUCAGUAGACGACAUCUCUGGUAAUCAAAACCUUGGAGCUUCAUUGACUUCUAUAAAAGACGUCGUUGAUAAAAUAUAA